UUAAUAUAUUAUUUGUUUUUCAAUAUAUAUUUUUAAUUAUAAUUUGUAAAUGAAAAAUUUGUUUUUUUAAAUAAAAUAUUACCCAUUCAAAAAAAAAGAAUUUUUAAUAUAUUGAAAAACUAUUUAUUGUCUACUUGAAAAAAAAAUCAUUCAUUUCCCUUCCUCUUCAUUUUUUAAAAAAUAUGACAUCUCAAAAUAAACAAGAAAAAACAUUUCUUGCUGUCAAACCUGACGGUGUGCAUAGAGGUUUAGUUGGUAAAAUAGUAUCUCGUUUUGAAAAAAAAGGUUUUAAAUUAGUAGCUAUGAAAUUUAUUCAAGCUCCUGAAGAAUUAUUAUAUCAACAUUAUCGUGACUUAAAAGAUAAGUCUUUUUUCAGUGGAUUAGUCAAAUAUAUGGCAUCAGGGCCUGUUGUGGCUAUGGAAGGUGAAAAUGUGGUAAAAACUGCUAGAUUUAUGUUGGGUGAAACUGAUCCUAAAAAAUCAUUGCCUGGUUCAAUACGAGGAGAUUUUGCAAUCCAAGUUGGAAGGAAUAUUAUACAUGGUAGUGAUUCUGUUGAAAGUGCAAAUAAGGAGAUUAAUCUAUGGUUUAGAGCUGAAGAAUUAGUUAGCUGGCAUAAAAUUGAUCAGAGCAUGAUUUAUGAAGACUAACAGAAUUGAUUUAUUUGACUAGACUAAUUAUUAAUUAAUUUUUAUGACUUGACAAAUUGUUAAUUUAUAUCCAAAAAAAAUUGCCAAAUAGUAUUUUAUAUUAUUUAAAAGACAAAUAAA